AUGCCCGACUACACCCUCUACAGCUACUUUCGCUCCUCGUGCUCGGCGCGCCUGCGCAUCGCGCUCAACCUCAAGGGCAUCGAGUACGAGCUCGUGCCCGUCAACCUGCUCAAGGACGAGCAGCUCUCCGAGUCGCACCGCGCGCUCAACCCGUCCGCCACCGUCCCGCUGCUGGUCGUCCGCACGGGCGACGACAAGACGGGCCUCAAGAUCGGCCAGUCCGUCGCCGCGCUCGAGUACCUCGACGAGGCGCACCCGCAGGGCGCGUCGCUGCUGCCGCCCGCUAGUGACCUCCGCGGCCGGGCCGUCGUGCGCGCGCUCGCGCAAAUCAUUGCCGCCGACACGCAGCCGGUGACGAACCUGCGCAUCAUGAGGCGCGUGCGCGGCCUGGGCGGCAGCGCCGAGGACUGGAACAAGGAGCUCAUGGCCGAGGGGCUGCGUGCGUACGAGGCCGUCGCGCGGGAGCACGCGGGCAAGUUUUCGUAUGGCGACAGCUUGACCAUUGCGGACGCCUGCCUCAUGCCGGCGGUGUGGAACGCGGAGCGCUUCGGCGUCGAUGUCAAGGGGCUGUUUCCGACCAUUGCCAAGGUCGCGGCCGCCUUGGAGGAGCACCCGGCCGUCAAGAAGGCGCAUUACUUUAGGCAGCCCGACACGCCCGACAACCUACGCAUCGACUAG